CAGCGCCCGCACCCUGCGCAGCGCCCGCAUCAGCACACCAUGGAGCGGCGGGUUGCCCGUGAGUUCCGGCACAAGGUUAAUCUACUAAUUGACAAUGAAGCGGAGAAGGAUUACCUUUAUGAUGUGCUGCGGAUGUACCACCAAUCUAUGAAUCUCCCAGUACUUGUGGGGGAUCUGAAACUUGUGAUUAAUGAACCAAGCAGAUUGCCUCUAUUUGAUGCCAUCCGCCCACUUAUCCCAUUAAAACACCAGGUGGAAUAUGAUCAGCUUACACCCAAAAGAUCACGAAAGCUAAAAGAGGUGAGAUUGGAUCGUUUGCAUCCUGAAGGACUUGGAAUCAGUGUGAGAGGUGGAGUGGAAUUUAGCUGUGGCCUCUUCAUCUCCCAGUUAGUUAAAGGAGGACAGGCAGACAAUGUUGGACUUCAGGUUGGAGAUGAGAUAGUUCGUAUAAAUGGAUAUUCCAUUUCAUCGUGCACACAUGAAGAAGUCAUAAAUCUCAUUCGUACAAAGAAAAUAGUGUCCAUAAAAGUAAGACAUAUUGGCAUGAUACCUGUCAAAAGUUCAGCAGAUGAACCCCUUAAAUGGCAAUAUGUGGACCAGUUUGUGUCAGACUCUGGGGAAGGAAAGGGCAGUGUUGCUGGUCUUGCUUCUUCUGGAGGGAGAGACAAUAAAGAGAAGAAAGUCUUCAUUAGCUUGAUUGGUACAAAAGGCAUGGGAUGCAGUAUUUCCAGUGGCCCAACACAAAAACCAGGCAUUUUUAUCAGCAAUGUUAAGCCGGGUUCUCUUUCAGCAGAAGUGGGCUUAGAGGUUGGUGAUCAGAUUGUUGAGGUAAAUGGAGUGGACUUUUCUAAUGUGGAUCAUAAAGAGGCUGUCAGAGUGCUCAAAAGUAGUCGUACUUUGACUAUCUCUGUGGUAGCAGGCGCUGGGAAGGAGCUGUUCAUGACUGAAGAAGAAAGGCAGAGGGAAGCACGUCUUCGUGAGCAAGAACGCCAGGAGUUAAUGCACCAGAAGCGACUUGCGCUGGAGACUAACAAAAUCAUCAAAGAGCAGCAAGAGAAAGAGAGAUUAAGAAAACUGGAGAUCUCCCAGAAGGCUGCAGAGGAAGAGGAGAGAUAUCGCAGAGAAAUAGAACAGAUAACAGCAGAGGAAGAAAAAUUUAAAAAGGAGUGGGAAGAAGACUGGGGUACUAAAGAACCUCCGAAAUCCUUAAAAACUGUAACUGCAGAAGUGCACCCUGCCCCUCGUUCCAAACACAAAACUUUUGGGUGGUUUUAUCGGUAUGAAGGAAAAUUUCCCACAAUUCGCAAGAAAGGGAAAGACCGAAAGAAGUCCAAAAGUGACAGUCUGUGUGAACAGAAGAAGAAUAAAAAGGAAAUGGAGUUUGAGCAAAAACUUGCCAAAGAGAAAGAAGGAAUGUUGGAGAAAGAAAAACAGCUGAAAAUAAAUCGUCUUGUGCAAGAGGUAUCUGAGACAGAACGAGAAGACCUGGAAGAAUCAGAAAAGGUGCAGCACUGGGUGGAAAGACUUUGUCAGACACGGUUAGAACAGAUUUCCUCUGUGGAGAAUGAGUCUCCUGAGCUGGCAAGUGGACGUCCAUCUGCUCCUCCAGCCACAUCAGUGCGGCGUUUUGCUGGUGGCCUGCAGCUUCAUACCACUGAUCUUGAUGACAUAAACUUAGAUGAAAUUGACAAGCCUAACCAACGCGUGCCACCACCUCCGCCGCCGCCACCAUCCACUCUUCCUUCAACACCAUCAGCUCAUCCACUUCCUACAUCAAAUGUUCCACUUUCAAGAGGUCCAGCCCUGUCAGUAACACCAGCUUCCCAGGUUGUAAGAAACACCUCCCACGUUGGCAAAGUGUCUUCUGUGUCAAGCAAUCCACUGAAACUUGCUCCAAGUCCACCUACCCAACGACAUCCAGGGGUACCAAUAGUCUCUAAACCAGUUAUGCUGCACCCUGACCCAAACUUUAUGGUCAGGCCAACAAUCAAAACAGAGGCCCUGGGUUUCCAGAAAUAUUUGGAAGAUUUUGAUCCAUAUUCAAUGUUUACCCCAGAGCAGAUUAUGGGAAAAGAUGUACGGCUAUUACGAAUUAAAAAGGAAGGAUCAUUAGACCUUGCAGUUGAGGGAGGAAUCGAUUCUCCAGUUGGAAAGAUAGUUGUGUCUGCCAUCUAUGAGGGUGGUGCUGCAGACAAACAUGGAGGCAUAGUGAAAGGGGAUGAAAUAUUAGCUGUAAAUGGCAAGAUAUUAAUUGACAGCAGGCUGGCAGAAGCACAGACAACUCUAGCAAAAGCUUGGAACAUGGGUGGGGACUGGAUUGACUUAGUCAUUGCGGCAUCACCUCCAAAGGAAUAUGAUGAUGAAAUCCCUACUAUUCCCUCAUCAACAGUCAGUCCCAACACACAAAAAAAGGUUUUUGAAGGCAGUGCACCUGUGUACAGACAAGGGUAUCUCCUGCAGCUGUAGCCACUGCAGUGUUCCCUCAUGGUGAAUAACCAGACCUGGGUUAACAUGACUGUCCAUUGUGAGGCUGCGUUAUUCUUUCAGCAUGUGCCUGCCUGUGCAUUGUAUGCCAUGUUUGCUUUUGUUCCUGGCAUGCUGGAAUGUUCUUUGGGCUUUUGCCAUGCCUUCCUAUUAAAAUAUAAGUAUUUAGCUUCUACUUAAUAAUGUCCCUUAGAAGUCCUCUGCAGAAUUGGUUUCUCAUCUGACAGAAUGUAAAAUAAAUAGGCCCUGUCUAAACACAUAGGAUUAAUCUAUUUUUGUAUU